UUUGAUGGACGACCUCAGCGACUGUUAGGGGAGGCGCGUUGCGCAAAAAGCAAAUCCUUGUGAGUGAGCAGCAUUCAGUGUGGAGUUGCCAGGACACGCUGCGCUCCAGCCAGGCUCCGAGCGAGACACGGACCACGUUACCCAGAAAGCGCAGAUCAUCCAGUCCGUAUCAAGGACAUUUUAAGAAUACGACAUGCAGUUUUUCAAGUAAUUGUUUGGAUUAUGCUUCUUCUUUUUCUUCUUUUUUAAAACUCGUCCUCUUCACUGGAACUCCGUCGGAGAGCGCUUCAUCGGAAUGCGUUGGAGACGCGUCUGAGAUCAACGGACCUUGUUGAGAAGAAAAAGCUUUGGCACAAACCUGGACAUAACCAUACCACCAUGUCACCUUCUAUACGGGACUAUCCACACGGACACAUUUAACUACUUUGGCCUUAUAAAGACUUCAGAUGGUUUGCGGUGGACUUUUUUUUCCAAUAAAAAGGUGACAGGGAAAUGACGUUUUAUUGAAUCCAAGAGGAUAGAAUAACCUGUUGUCUGUUCGCCCAGUGCGCUUGUUUUCGUAGUUGUUGGUUCGGUGUGGAGAUGAUCGGGCUGCUGCUCUCGGUGCUCUGCAUCGCGCACGGAGCGCGCUCUCAGAUCCGCUACUCGGUGCCCGAGGAGGCAGACCACGGGACCCUGGUGGGCAACAUCGCGGAGGACCUCGGGCUGGACCUCACCAAGCUCGCCUCCCGCCGCUUCCAGGUGGUGCCCAACUCGCGGACGCCGUACCUGGAGGUCAACCUGGAGAACGGAGUCCUCUUUGUGAACGAGAAGAUUGACCGCGAGCACAUCUGCAGGCAGAGCGCGAGCUGUCAGCUCAACAUGGAGGUGUUCCUUGAGAACCCCCUGGAGCUGUUCCGCGUGGAGAUCGAGGUGGUGGACAUCAACGACAACCCGCCGAGCUUCCCGGAAACCGACAUCACGGUGGAGAUCUCCGAGAGCGCUACGCCGGGCACCCGCUUCCCCCUGGAGAGCGCCUUCGACCCGGACGUGGGAUCCAACGCAUUACGCACCUACGACAUCACCACCAACAACUACUUCUACCUGGACGUGCAGACGCAGACAGACGGCAAUAAAUUCGCAGAGCUGGUUUUGGAGAAGCCUCUGGACAGGGAGACGCAGGCGGCCCACAGGUACGUGCUGACCGCCGUGGACGGAGGUCAGCCCCCGCGGACCGGAACUGCGCUGCUGGUGGUCAAAGUGUUGGAUUCUAACGACAACGUGCCCGUGUUCGACCAGCCGGUGUACACGGUGACUCUACCGGAGAACGCUCCGGUGGGGACGCUGGUAAUUCAACUGAAUGCCACCGAUUCAGACGAAGGUCAGAACGGCGAGGUUGUGUAUUCGUUCAGCAAUCACAUUUCCAACCGCGUCAAGGACCUGUUCAGUAUCGAUGGGCGCACCGGCCGCAUAGAGGUGCGCGGCGAGGUGGACUUCGAGGAGAGCAGCCUGUUCCAGAUCUUCGUCCAGGCUAAAGACCUGGGGCCGAACGCCGUGCCCGCGCAUUGUAAAGUUCUGGUGAAAGUGGUGGACGCAAACGACAACGCACCGGAGAUCUCCUUCAGCACCGUGACCGAGUCCGUGAGUGAGAACGCGUCCACCGGCACCGUCAUAGCACUGUUGAGCGUGGCGGACAAAGACGCCGAGGAGAACGGACAGAUUAUCGUGGAGAUACUAGGCGACGUGCCGUUCAAACUAAAAACCUCCUUUCGUAACUAUUUCACCAUCCUGACCGACGGACCCCUGGACCGAGAGCAGACGGACUCCUACUCGGUGACAGUGGUUGCGCGGGAUAAAGGAAACCCUUCCCUCGCCACCAGUAAGUCAAUUAAAGUGCAAGUGUCGGAUGAAAAUGACAACGCACCGACAUUCACACAGCCGAUAUAUGACGUUUACGUGACGGAAAACAACGUUCCUGGGGCAUAUAUCCAUGCUGUGACCGCUCUGGACCCGGACAUCGGCCAAAACGCCCUCAUCAAUUACUCCAUACUGGAGUGUGACAUUCAGGGCAUGUCCGUCAAAACCUACGUGUCCAUCAACGAGGAGACGGGCUACCUGUACGCGCUGCGCUCCUUCGACUACGAGCAGCUGAAGGACUUCACGUUCAUGGUGCAGGCCAGAGACAGCGGGGGGCCCAAGCUCUCCACCAACGCCACCGUCAAAGUCAUCAUCGUGGACCAGAACGACAACAUCCCCCUGGUACUGGCGCCCCUCGGCAAGAACGGCACGGCCAAGGAACCCCUGCCGCGCUCGGCCGAGCCGGGCUACCUGGUGACCCGCGUGGUGGCCAUGGACGGGGACGACGGCGAGAACGCCCGCCUGUCCUACAGCAUCCAGCGGGGCAACGAGAACGGCGUGUUCCGCAUGGACUGGCGGACGGGCGAGCUGCGGACGGCGCGGCGGGUCUCCGCCAAGCGAGACCCCCACCAGCAGUACGACCUGCUGAUCGAGGUGCGGGACCACGGACAGCCGCCGCUGUCGUCCAGCGCCAGCGUGCUGGUGGUGCUGGUGGACAGCGUGGCCGAUGGCCACGGGGCCGGGGGCGACCGCGGGCCCGGCGGGGGCGGGACGUCCAAGGCCAAGGAGGGCACCCUGGACCUCACGCUCAUCCUCAUCAUCGCCCUGGGCUCGGUGUCCUUCAUCUUCCUGCUGGCCAUGAUCGUGCUGGCCGUGCGCUGCCAGAAGGACAAGAAGCUCAACAUAUACAGCUGCCUGGCCAGCGACUGCUGCCUGAGCGGCGGCGGCGGCGGCGGCAGCAGCUCCUGCUGCUCGAGGCAGGCCCGCGCGCGUAAGAAGAAGCUCAGCAAGUCUGAUAUCAUGCUGGUGCAGAGCACGGUGAACACUGGAGGGCCUCACACGGCCCAGGUCCCCGUGGAGGAGUCUGGGAGCUUUGGCUCCCACCACCAAAACCAGAACUAUUGCUACCAGGUAUGUCUGACUCCAGAGUCCGCCAAAACUGACCUCAUGUUCCUAAAGCCGUGUAGUCCGACUAGGAGCACAGACACGGAUCACAACCCGUGCGGGGCGGUAGUCACAGGGUACACAGACCAGCAGCCCGACAUCAUAUCAAACGGCAGCAUUUUAUCACACGAGACCAAACACCAGCGAGCCGAACUCAGUUACCUGGUGGAUCGGCCGAGGCGUGUCAACAGCUCUGCCUUCCAGGAGGCCGACCUGGUGAGCUCCAAAGACAGCGGCCACGGGGACAGCGAGCAGGGAGACAGCGACCACGACGCCACAAACCGUGGCCACUCCUCCGGUGCAGACCUGUUCUCCAACUGCACGGAGGAGUGCAAGGCCCUGGGCCACUCGGACCGCUGCUGGAUGCCCGCCUUCCUGCCCACGGCGUCCGAGGGCCGCCAGGGCCCCGACUACCGGAGCAACCUGCACGUCCCGGGCAUGGACUCGGUCCCGGACACAGAGGUACGCUUCCAGAGCGCCGAGGGCCCGGCGGCCGACGCGGCCUUCUCCACGUUCGGCAAGGAGACGCCCCUCAGUCCCCAACAGCAACACUCCCAACACCACCACCACCACCCAAAGCACCAUCCACACCUCCACAACAACCUCCUCCACCACCACCCUCCAAACCACCAUCACCCCAGCCACCUCCUCCGCCCCGCCCACGGCCCGCUAGAGAGGAAAGAGUGUGAGGCCUUGCUGCCUAGCGCCCCCGCGCCUUAUAGCCCCGGCUGUUUGACGGGGGAAAGGGUUUGCUAGCUCUUUCCGUGUGGAUUUAUCGGAGACCGCGUGAUUUUUGCACAACAAUCAUCCUGAAACAGACAGAGACUAAAGAAACGAGGAACGGAGCGAUCAUCCAGUUCCCUGCUCCAUUCUGCUUAGGGAACCCCACGCCCUGCCCUGCCCUGCCCCAUUCUAAACUAAGCAGAAAUGUACAAAAGCGAACGCAAGAAGAAGAGAAACGUCAAUUUGAAAAACUAAAACUAAAAAAAGGAACAGAAACGUCCAGUUGAGGAAUGUGACGGGGGGACGGAAAUCUCUAAGGAAUUUAAUUAUUCCCUUUUUUUGUGGAAUUCUUUUGAACACUGCCAGGCCUUUUGGACACACACACCGUUAGUUUCUUGGAUGGUGCGUGGGCCAGUCAUGCGCCGGUUGAACGACCAACGGGCAGCCAGAAGGCCAUCGGCCCCCGAGGGGGACCCAUCGGCUCUCAGCAGGACUGAGACAUUAACUACGGUGAAGAGGUGGAGGGCU